UCGGGAAUCCCAAACUUGCUCCCAAAUUUGUUCUCUCUCCUCCCUUUCUCUUCUCCCCCUGCAUUCUCUCCACAAGAUUUCGCGGAGCGAAGCGCGCCCCUGAGACGAUUCGCCUCUAGGGUUCCUUGCGCGCCGCCUGCGUCGGAGCUGCUCUCUCUAGGAAUAAGGGGGUAGAAAGUGUCAGGGGAAGCGGCUUGGAGUAACGAGGGGAGAGCCCUUUGUCCGCCGGUUUAUUAUGGGAGAGGCGUGUGCUGGAGGGCUUCCUUCCGUGGAUCCUUGUGGCCUUUGUCCUCUCGACCCGUCGUGGUAGCCAAAAGGUGGCGUCUUUGGUACCUUUCGGCUGCCAACGGACGAGGUUUGGUCCUCUGAAAACGGCCCGUUGCGUGUCCUUGACGUGGGCUCAUCCCAGAUCUCUCCUCCACGGCUCUCUACAGGGGUUUUAGGAGACUUUUCGUCGUCCCUGAUCUCCGUUGAAGGAGUCCUUCGUUAUUUGGGACGCCCCGAACCUUCUAAAGGCCAUCCAGGGCGAACCGAGCUGUUUUCUUGUCUUAUUUUCGUUGUUCGGCUGUCAAAAGAGGGAUCUUGUGAGGUUUCUCGAGAUUUCCGACGGAGAGAAAGAGAUGGCGUAUGCUCCGGGGAAAGAUGCCGCCUUUUUAUUCACCGACGAGGAAUUGAGCGAGAUGAGUGGGUUGAAGAGAGGCCGAGACUUCGUCGAGGUGACGUGCGGGUGCACGAGCCACCGCUACGGCGACGCCGUCGGGCAGCUUAGGGUUUUCGCCUCGGGCGAUCUCGAGAUCAGCUGCGAGUGCACGCCGGGUUGUCAGGAAGAUAAGUUGACGCCAGCUGCUUUUGAGAGGCAUUCUGGGCGGGAGACUGCAAGGAAAUGGAAGAGCAAUGUAUGGGUCAUAGUUAAAGGUGAAAAAGUUCCACUAUCAAAGACAGUUCUACUUAAGUACUACAAUCAAAUGUCAAAAACUGGCAAUAGCUCUCAUAAAGGUCCCAAUGGACGACCAUGUCAUCGUGAUGAGUUUAUCCGCUGUACAAGGUGUAACAAGCAGCGCAGGUUUCGCCUUCGGAUCAAAGAGGAAUGCCGCAUUUACCAUGAUGCUGUUGCUGCUCUCGAUUGGAAAUGCUCUGACUCAAAGUUUGAAAAGAUUAGCUGUGAUGAUGAAGAGGAGCGGGCCAGUCGCAAGGUAUUGAGGGGAUGCUUGCGUUCACCAUCAUGCAGUGGGUGCACCACAUGCGUCUGUUUUGGUUGUGAGAUCUGUCGCUUCACAGACUGCAGUUGCCAGACUUGCCUUGAUUUCACUCAGAAUGCAAAAAAUUAAACCUGUUCGUUGGGUUAUUUUUCAUUCUCGGGCCAUUGAAGUAGCAUUUAGGGAGAGCUUUUAAGCUCUAUUUUGGUUGCCAGGCGAAUUAAGAUGCUUCCGUUAUUGGUUCAAUUUUUGUUGUUUUCAGUGACCUAUUCAAGAUAGUGAAAAAGAUGAGGCCUAUUGGGUAUUUAUUUUAACUGGAGAACUUGCUCAUAAAUGACAAUGAUGGAAAAUUUGGGAACAAGAACUUGUUCUUAACUACAGUAGAUGAAAGGCUGUGUUGAAGCCUUCAUUGGACAUGGAGCACUAUAUAAUUUAACUUUGCAACCGAGUUCUCAGUUGAACACUACUGACGAUAGUUCAAGAACUUCAUAGAUUUGCCGAGUUACGUUGAGCGAGGAAAUGAAAUCUCUAAGUUGGUCACCAAUAGUCGCGGCAAGAGCACACCCCAUUGAGAAAAUGGUGGAACCUAUGCGUGUCUCUCAAUAUAAUCUUCCUUUCUGUUAUCAGAGAAAAGUAUUUAAAUGCACGGUGACAAUCUCCACAAACCCGAAGGUUCUUCAUGAUUCGAAGUGAGACCCCUGGAGCAGUAGAAAGAUCUCCAAAAGCAAAUGCCAGCUUCUCACAGUGAUUGAACAGUGAUUCUUCUCUUCUACUAUCUUUCAUGUCGUGAAGUGUGAAGCUGAUGUCAGGUGCGUAACCUGCUGUUUUAAUCUCCUUGAUUAGCUCGUGUAACUUCUCAUAUAUUUCUUGUGAUAAAGGAUGCGAUCGGUCUUCAACUCUGAACGUAUGAACUCUUCGAUUGAUCUCAAUCCAACUAAGAGCAAUUUCCUUCUCCACACCUCUCUCUUCCAUCAACUGCCUGACUCUUUCAGCUUCUAUCCAUCUUCCUGAUCUAGCAUAAAUAUUAGCAACAAGUACAUAAUUAGUAGCUUCAUAAGGAUCUGAUUCGAGCAGCAAAUCUGCUACCUGCCUUCCGAUUCCCAUGUUUCGAUGUUUACGACAAGCUCCAAGGACGGUUCUCCAUAGAGAAGUGUCGGGUUCAAAAGGCAUAAUAUCUAUUAGUCUCAUUGCUCCCUCAAUAUCUCCUGCUCGGGCCAUCAUGUCCACCAUGCAUGCAUAAUGUUGGUAACUUGGUUUAAUUCCUUCAUUUUCUUCCAUGGAAUUGAAUACCUCUAGGCCUUCAUGAACAAGACCAGCAUGAUUGAAAGCUGAAAGGAGGUUUAGGAGAGUAAUUUCAUCAGGUCUCUGGCCAACAAGUUUCAUCCGUCUGAAGAGCUCUGCAGCUUCUUUUGGAGAGCCAUGUUGAGCAAGAGCUGAAAUAAUUGAAUUGAAUGAAAUCACGUUUGGUUUUGCUAUUGAAUUGAAGAUUUUCCAUGCUUCACUGAUGCACCCGCAAUUUGAGUACAUGGUAACAAGGGAAUUCUUUGUUGCCACAUCAGGGGAAUCACUGCUUUUUAAGCAGUGAGCAUGGACCUGUUUUCCCAUUUCCAUCCUUGACAAUUCACCACAAGCCAACAACAAGCCUGAAUAGAUGAACUGACUGGUUUCGAUACCCAAGUACAUCAUCUCAAGGAAUAGGUGGAGUGCCUCCUCUGCUCUGCCACUCUUCACACUUGCAGAUAUCAUCGAAGACCAAACUCCACUGUCCAUUGAAUCCAUAUCAUCAAAUGCUUGUCUCGCACACCCAAUUUUUUGCUUUGCUGAAUACACAGUAAUCAAACAAGUUCCGAUAAAGUGAUCUCUCUCCAAUCCAACCUUGAAGAUAUAUGCAUGUACCGCUUCGAAUUCUUCAGGAAAAUAGUCUCCUACUUUAGCUCCAGUCAGUAAAGCAGGGAAUGUAAACUUAUCCGGUAGAGUUUCUUGUCUCCUCAUCACUUGAAACAGUCUGAAAGCUUCUUCUCUGUAGCCCACCUGAGAGUACCCUCUAAUUAUGGAAUUCCAACUGGUAACGUUUCUCUGUUUCAUUCUCUCAAAAACCUGCCUUCCAUAUUCUAAUUCUCCACACUUUGCAUACAAGUCUACAAGGGCGGUCUCUAGAAUUAGAUUUGAAGAAAAACCGCGCACGAUAAGUUGGCUGUGCAGUUGCUUUCCCAAAGAAUCUGCUUCGAUAUCGGCAGAAGAUUUCAGCAGGCUGCUGAAUGUUAGAGGAGUCGGUUCAAUUCCAGUGCUCUGCAUCUCCUUAUAAAGAUUAAAACCAUCACCGUGGAUCCCAUGUUCCACUAGCUGAGCGAUCAUAGAAUUCCAAGCUACUGGACUCCUUGUUCUGGAAAUCGCCUCAAAAGCACGAGCAGAGUCAUUUAUAUUCUCACAAGCAGCAUACAUUUGGAUGAGAGAGUUGCUCACGAACUCUUCUCCUCCACAUCCAAACUUGAUGGAGAGAGAAUGGAGCUGCUUUCCUAGAGAGGGCUCCCUUUGCUGUCCUGCGACUCUUAUAACAACAGAAAACGUGAACGCGUCCGGUUCAAUCCCAUGACUCUGCGAUUCAAGGAACACCGACAAGGCCUCCUCGACGAGCCCACUUCGAUAGUACAUUGUAAUUAUGGAGUUGCAACAGAUGAGAUUGGUUCCAAGUUUGCUGGUGUCGAACACCCUGCGAGCAAAAUCCAAGCUUUCGCAUUUCACGUACAAGCUCAGCAGGCUGGAUUGCAAGAACUGAUCGGAUUCGAGACCUCUCUUUAUCAUGCGAGCAUGGACUUGAAGACCCCCUUCUAAAAAUCUCUCUUUUGAGCAAGCUCGCAGCAAAGCCCCAUAUGAAGAAGGCUUGAUGUCUGAACUAAGCGCUCUCUGGUCAUUGGAGAAGAGCUCGAAUGCUCUUCUUCUGAGACUUUGGUCUCCACACACCUUUUUGGGGACACCAUUGGUCAUCUCUUCAGCUCCUUUCAGUUUUGUCUCUCUGGUGGAUUUUGUGUUCCCAGUUUCCAGUAAUGGGGGAAUUCUAGUCAAGGGGAGGCUUCGGCAAUUCAGAAGCACCAUGUUGUUAUUGGCUUUGAAAGCUUCAUAGAACAGUGAGGGGCUCACAAGGUAUCAUCUAUCUUCUGAAGAGCUUAGCCAUUUUGUUUGUUGGAUGUCUCGUUUAAAUAUCUUAGGCAAGAAAUGACUCACCAUGGCUUAAAGGUGUGGCUCUAGGAUGGGGAGUGCUUCAUAAAGCAGAUAUUGUAAGAAUUCUAUUAAUUUUUAGGGGCUCUCCGAUUUUCCUCAACUUAUCCGUGGAGGUUUUGUGGUGUUUCCGUUUUCGGCCGCGUCAGCCGCUGUACGCCCGUUGGGAAUUGGCUGGCCGGCCUAUUGGACCGUUGCGCCAGCUGACCCGCAGAGGACUCCAUGGAGCCCCUGGAGCACUAAAUGGACUAGCCGUUUAGGCCCGUCCGGAUAGCCGUUCGCCCAAGUCCCCAGAGUUCACGUCUUUCUUAUUACUGAGUGGAUCAUUCGUGUAUGCUCCUCCACUGUGAUCAUGUUGUGCUACUGGAGCAAGUUCAUUGGAGGCCUUCAUUGCCAAAGCUGCUGUGGUUCCUUUAGGGCAGCAAAUGAUGCGCCUCUGUCCUAUGUGAACGCUUUCUAUCCCCUGUACCAUUCUCAUGCUUUACCUUUGAUGUAUUUAAA